AGAACCGGGAAAGCCGAAACGCCUCCUACAGCAAAUCGGGUUACAGAUCCCAACUCAAGCUCUGGUGCAUCAAAAUUGAAAAUCCUCUUCAACGUUAAUAACAAAUAUUUAAGGAAAACAAGCUCCUCCUCCGCUCUCUCUCUCUCUCUCUCUCCUCAGCCCCCUUUUUUUAUUUUGUAGCGGGAACACUUGAUAUUUGUCUAGACAGAUUUUCUGGUGCGUGCUUAUUUGAAAUCGACCCCCUCUUCCUAAGCGCUUAUAGGGUUUUGUUCCCUCCCUUCAAAUCUCUGUGAUUUUGAAAUCGAACCAUUCUCUUCCUCUAAUUUUUGUACCUUUUCUUCGGACCUUAAGCAAAACCCUAACUUUUGGUUCCAAUUGCCUCGCAUUUAGGGUUUAAGUGUCGCCAUCUGAUUACUCAUUCAAUCCGCCCACCAAAAAUUUCAAAUUGGUUGUGUUUGCUCUAAGAUGGCACUCUUUGGAUGAGAUGUGAAUUUCUAGGUCUUUUUGUGCUCUGGGUUUAUCAAUGGGAGCACUAACCAGCAAUCGUAAGCGAGGGGACGAGUGUUUGAGCUUGAAUUCUGCACACCCAUCUCCGUAUUCGCAGAAUUUUCAAAUUUCAAAGCGACCCAGAUUCUCUUAUAUGAAGCAAAUCCCGGACCGGCCCAUAUUAUCUUCCAAUAGCGUCGCUUCGAGGGUCUCUCGGUACCCAGAUAUAAAGCCGCCACUGACGAGAGUUCACGCCCCUUGUAGAACAGGCAAAUUCGGGUUCUUCUCGAACAGAGAAGAUUCGAGCCCAAAAACCAGAGGGGUUCAUGAGAAGGAGCGGUCGGGUGUCAUAAUGGGCAGUGUAUUGUCUUUCCAUUUGGAAAAGGCGAAGAGCAGGGCGUUAGAUACAUUCCGUUAUUUGAACAAGGGCAAGGAGGUGAUUGAAUUGGAUGAAGAGGUUGAAACUGACCGAGUUUCUGAGGAUUCGAGCAUAGAAGAAGUUCUGGCUAUAGAGGAAGAUGACCGAGAAAGGCCUUCUGUGGUGGAUUAUGUGCAGGAAUUGGAUACGAAGAUGGUGGGCUGUGGACCUCAGGGUACUCAGCCAUCGGCUUCUUCGGUGGUUUCAGACUUGACCACACUGACGAAUGGCCCUUUCAAAGUGGACAGUGCAGGAAAGAUGUUGGACUCAUUAUCGCUAAAUCGAGAGGUGGAGGUGCCGAGUGUGGUAGUGUACAAGCAGUUGCUUGAGAGUGUAGAAAGGCGGACUCCGAAACUUGAACAUUUGCAUUCCCAAAUUGAGUUCAAUGUGAGCAAACUGUCUCUGUUUGAAUCGCUGCGUCCACAAAAGAAACCAGUGAAGGUUGUACCCGAUGAACCCUUUGUUGCUCUUCGAAAGGAGGAAAUGGCUGAGGUUGAGCAAGCAUUUUCCUCUGCCAAUCGGAGGAGAGUCUUGGUAACUCAUGAGAACUCAAACAUAGAGAUCACAGGUGAAAUGCUGCAGUGCCUUAGACCACGUGCAUGGUUGAAUGACGAGGUCAUAAAUGUCUACUUUGAGUUGCUGAAAGAGAGGGAAAAGAGAGAGCCACAGAAGUUCUUAAAAUGUCAUUUCUUCAACACAUUUUUCUACAAAAAGUUGAUAGGUGGGAAAAGUAACUAUGAUUAUAAAUCCGUCAGAAGGUGGACUACCCAAAAGAAGCUGGGAUACAGCCUCAUCGAUUGUGACAAAAUAUUUGUUCCCAUCCACAAAGAAAUACAUUGGUGUUUGGCAGUUAUUAACAAGGCAGAGGAGAAGUUACAGUAUCUUGAUUCACUCAAAGGAAGAGAUACCCAAGUGAUGAACAGAUUGGCGAAAUACUAUGUUGAUGAAGUGAAGGAUAAGUGUGGAAAAGACAUCAAUUUGAGUUCUUGGAAAUUAGAAUACGUUGAAGACCUUCCUGAGCAGGAGAAUGGGUUUGACUGUGGUGUGUUCAUGAUCAAAUAUGCUGACUUUUAUAGCAGGGGCUUGGAUCUCUGUUUCAAACAGGAACACAUGCCAUAUUUUCGAUUGAGAACAGCAAAGGAGAUCCUAAAAUUGAGAGCAGACUGAUUGAGCAAGCUAGCUUUGGCAUGCGGUAGUACCAAUCAAGAAUUAGGAAUUAGAGUAACAGACGAUGAAUUGGGUGUGCUUGCAGGUGUGAGUCGCAUGCCAGCUUCAAAAAUUUUGAAAUAAUUUAAGAUUUGUCUUGGUGAGGUGAGUUCUGUGAGGAAAGGUUAGCAGAGCACAAGGCAGAAAUAGUAACUUGUAUAUACUAUACAAGUGCGAACCUUUGAUUUGUCACAUAUAUGUUCAAAAAGUUCCAUAAGCUUUCAGGUUAUGCGCUAACUGAGUCCUUCUUGCUAGUUUCUUUUUGGUCCUUGUAUCUUUUUGGCCAUUUGCCUAUAUAUUAGUAAUUGAGUUGAUCCAACAAUUGUAACACAAGAUUUCUGGUGAAUUCUGUUCUAUAAAAGAAAGUUACAUUUGUUUUGG